CUACUCUGGUCCCUUGGACUUUGAAGGCUGCAGAGUAGCAGAUGUGUUCCUGGGAGGAAUCGUCCAAUCUGGUUUCAUCCUAGGGGAAUCCAGGCUGCAUGCUCCAAGAUGACCCAUGAUGUGAAAUCAAGCUCUUGAACUGGAAAUUGGCAGGACACUUGCUUCAAAAGUGCUCUCCUGACCUAAUGAUGUGUUGGAUCUGAUAGUGGAACUUGGACAGGACAAAGAUGUUGCCUUAGGAAAAUGAGCAACAGCAGCUUCCUUAGACCUUCUACAUUGCUUCUAACAGGAAUCCCAGGAAUGGCAGGUGGGAACAUGUGGAUUGCUAUGCCUUUCUGCUCCAUGUACCUGAUUUCCAUCCUAGGCAAUAGCACGGUUCUCUUGGUCAUCAAGGCAGAGCGCAGCCUCCACAAGCCCAUGUACCUCUUCCUGUCCAUGUUGGCUGUGGCAGAGCUUGGGGUGUCUCUGUCUACGCUCCCCACGGUGCUGAGCGUGCUGCUCUUUGAUUCACGGGAGAUCGGGUUUGAUGCCUGCCUCACUCAGAUGUUCUUCAUUCACUGCUUUUCCAUCAUGGACUCAGGGGUGCUGUGGGCCAUGGCCUUCGACCGCUUCGUGGCCAUCUACAGCCCCCUGCAAUACGCAUCUGUCCUGACCAACCCACGGAUAGGCCUCAUUGGGCUGGGGCUCACCGUGAGGAGCGUGAGCGUCUCGAUCCCCUUGCCGAUACUUCUGAGGAGGCUGCCAUUCUGCAGAUCCCAUGUGCUGGCUCACUCCUUCUGUCUGCACCCCAACUUAAUCCAGCUGCCAUGUGCACACGUCGAGGUGAACAGCAUGUACGGCUUAUUUGUCCUGCUGGCCACAUUUGGGCUCGACUCCCUGUCUAUUGUGCUGUCUUAUGUCAUGAUCAUUAAGACUGUGCUGAGCAUUGCAUCCAAGAGAGAGCGCCUCAAGGCCCUAAACACCUGCGUCUCUCAUAUCUGUGCUGUGCUGAUUUAUUACAUCCCAAUGAUUGGCUUAUCCAUGGUGUACAGGUUUGGGAAACAUGCGUCUCCUCUGAUCCAUGUCCUCAUGGCCAAUAUCUACCUUCUUGUCCCCCCCGUGUUAAACCCCAUCGUUUACAGUGUGAAAACUAAACCGAUCCGCAGAGGUAUAUGCAAACUACUAACUCCAACAUGGCACUGAUAUAAUACACGGCAUAUCCAAGAGAUUUUGCACGUGGUAAAACAGCUGGGGAAUACUAGUUUAGAGGCUGUCUGCUCCACCUUGUCAUCCAUGUGCCUCUGGAGGAUCCUGAAUUUUUAAACUCUUUCCAUGCUGCAGGUAAGGUGUAUCCUGUUUCUAGGCUCCCACCAUUGUCUUGGUUGAACAAAGGAGCACUGCAGUAUCUACAGCCUUCUAUAUAUUUAUCCCAUUCCCGGUCCAUUAUGUGGGAGAGGUGACUACCUGAGGUUCCCCAAAGGAAGUCCCUUUUCUCAGACAAAUAGGCCAUAGCAAUGGAGGUGUGGGGAGAAGGGGCUCUCAUCUGUGCAAUGACACUGAGUCAUCUGGGCCCAGAGCUCCUGACCUCCUCAA